AUGGCAAGCAAAUACUUCCUGUUCCUCUUCAACGUCAUUUUCUUUCUGUUUGGAACUGUCCUCACAGGCUUUGGACUCUGGCUCCUCCUGGACAAUCAAAGCUUCAUCGUUGUCCUCAAUAACUCCACACAUGUGAAGGUGGCCUGUUACAUCCUGAUUGCUGUGGGAGCCUUCUCCAUGCUGCUGGGCUUCAUCGGCUGCCUGGGAGCCAUUUAUGAGAUUCGUUGCCUGCUCGGCCUGUACUUCACCUGCCUUCUGCUGAUCCUCCUCGCUCAGAUAGCAGCUGGUUUGCUAAUCUACUUCCAGAAAAGUGCCCUCAACGAUGGGAUGUAUGACAUUGUCUCUCUGGUGUUGGACAACUAUCCUGGAAACUCAUCAAGCACAGAGCAGGCAUGGGACUUCAUCCAGAGGAAUAUGCAUUGCUGUGGAUGGCACAGCCCUCAGGACUGGAGCAACAACAGCAUCAUCAUUAACAGCGGCAAGCUGCUGUUUCCCUGCUCGUGUCAGAACACUUCCCUCGCUUCCAGAAAUGUCUCAGACAGCGGAUUCUGUGAGGCUCUGACCUCUGAUUGGCCCGUCUAUGAUGUGGGAUGUGCUGCCAGUGUGAAGAAUUGGCUCCUCACCAACAUUGGAGUGGUCUUGGGGAUUUGCAUCGGAGUGGCUUUUAUUGAGCUGCUGGGGAUGAUUCUGUCUGUCUGCCUGUGCAGGAACAUCCAGACAGAGGACUACACACAAGUGCCAAAGUAUUACUGAGCGCACGAUGACACAUGGAAAGCAAUGAGGAUUCACUUUGGUUUUAAUAAACUUUUUUGUCAGCCUAGUUUUCUUUAAGCACUUUAAAAACCUUUUUUUAGUUUUGAACUUUUGCUCAGAGUAAUGCUGAAAACAAAUGGGAGGUUUAUAAAGUUACUGUCCGAAUGAAAAGCUUUUGGUUCCCUUUAAAAUCUAAGUCGGUGUUUGUCUGUGAAAACUGUCAGCCAGAUUCAGUGUGACAUUUUUCUUUUUAUACACUACUGUUCUGAGUUUUUAUAAAAUGCUUUAAAGACUGUAAAUAAUGUUAGAGAUUACUUGUACGAAUUUGAUUCAACCAAAUCUUCCAGAUAGUGUUUUCUUUACUGUCUGGUCUUCAUGAAUUCUGACGCAGUUUUCCCAUCAGGAUUUUAUUUAGGAAAUAACUGGCCGAUUACACUCAUCCUUAUUCCUGAAAUUAUUCUCCCAGUUUACAACUGCAGCAAAGCAUGUUUCACUCUCAAAGGUUACAUUUAACCACAUUACAAGUAAUGUCAGUGUUAAACUGGAAUAGAAAAGUGAGCCAUGGUUUUGUUUUUAUAUCCUUCAGAUUUCUUGUACCUUCGUUAAAACUGAAAACAUUUUUAUUAACUUCCUAAUGUUUUUUCAAGGCAAAAUGGUCUGUGUGGUGUCAUUAAUGUAUACUCACGUUUAUUCUAUUACGUUUGUCAAUAAACUGAUUAAAAUCUCCCCCCCCAAAAAAA